UCGUUGAAAGGUGGGUACCUCACACACAGAAUCACAGAGAAACUGGUGGAAAUAAAAACAAAAUCCAUCACGCACCGAAAAAAGUGUGCACUCUUCUCUUCUUCUCCUUCACUCUUCGCUAAAUCGCCGCAUAAACGACGCGUAACGCGGCGCCGGCUCCGUUUUCAUUUUCGACCAAACGAUGUCGUAACGCGGGAGGAGAACAGAGGGAUUCAGAAUCGGAGUAAUCGCGAUGGCGGCGAGAAGCGUUUCGCUGAGGCAAAUCUUCGCGGAGAGGAGCAAGGAGAGGCUCCUCUCGCGGAGGGACCUGCCGGAGCUGAGGCUGAACGGCGGCGGCGGCGGUGGCGGCUGCGGCGGAGAUGUUCCGCACGCGCUCUCGGAUCGUGUGGCGCGGGUGUGGCGCGGCGUGGGCGAGUUCUUCGGCGAGCUUAGCGACAUGGCGCGGUCGGAUCCGAGGAAAGUGGUGUUCGCGGCAAAGGCGGGGCUGUCGCUGGCGCUGGUUUCGCUGUUCAUUUACAUAAAGGAGGAGCAGCUGAGCAAGUACUCAAUCUGGGCCAUUCUUACGGUCGUUGUCGUUUUCGAAUUCAGCGUAGGGGCGACAUUGAACAAAGGGUUCAAUCGUUCAUUGGGAACGAUUUCUGCUGGGGGGCUUGCGCUGGGUAUUGCUGAGUUGGCCGUCCUAUCCGGGAAGUUCGAGGAACUCAUUAUCGUACUUUGUAUAUUUAUUGCAGGAUUUUGUGCAAGCUAUGUAAAGCUACUGCCUGCAAUGAAGACAUAUGAAUAUGGCUUUCGGGUGUUUUUGUUGACAUUUUGUAUUGUAUUGGUAUCUGGGAGAACUAGCAGAGAAUUUUUCUCCACAGCCUUUUACAGAUUAAUUCUGAUUGCAGUUGGUGCUGGCAUAUGUUUGUUUGUAAAUAUUUUCAUAUACCCCAUCUGGUCUGGGGAGGAUCUGCAUAAAUUGGUGGUGAAAAAUUUCAAUGGAGUUGCUGCAUCUUUAGAAGGCUGUGUUAAUGGGUACCUGCAAUGUGUUGCAUAUGAGAGGGUCCCUUCAAAAAUUCUUGUUUAUCAGGCGUCGGAUGAUCCACUUUACCGUGGUUAUAGAGCAGCAGUUCAAUCGUCUAGUCAAGAGGAUGCUUUGGUAGAUUUUGCAUUAUGGGAGCCACCUCAUGGUCCAUACAAGACAUUCAAUUAUCCUUGGAGAAACUAUGUUAAAGUCAGUGGAGCUUUGAGGCAUUGUGCUUUCAUGGUCAUGGCAAUGCAUGGAUGCAUACUUUCAGAAAUACAGGCACCCCCAGAAAAGAGGCUGGUUUUCAGUAAUGAACUUCAGAAAGUUGGAACUGAAGGAGCUAAAGUAUUGCGUCAACUUGGAAGCAAAGUGGAAAGGAUGGAAAAGCUAAGCAAUAUAGACAUUCUCUUGAACGUACAUGAUGCAGCUGAGCAAUUGCAGAUGAAGAUUGAUCAACAGUCAUUUCUUUUGGUCAAUUCAGAGAGCUGGCAGGUUGCAAAAAAGCCUAAAGAAAUCGAAAACCAUGACAAUUUGAUUGAUGUCAAAGACCAUGAAAACAAACACUCGCUGAUCUCUUCCCUCAGUGAAACAGGGGUUGAUUCAAGACUCAACAUAAACAUAGAGCAUUCAAUUCCCGAAUUGCACAUUUCACAAAGCAUGAUGUGCAAGAAAAUAUCAUGGCCACGUCUCUCAUUUUUAGGAGAUAACCUGUUACUUGAGCAAGAUUCCAAAGUAUAUGAAAGUGCCAGUUCUCUCUCUUUGGCAACAUUUGCUUCACUUUUAAUAGAGUUUGUUGCAAGGCUUCAAAAUCUUGUGGAUGAAUUCCAAGAUCUUAGUGAGAAGGCCAAUUUCAAAGACCCGUUUGACCAACCGGUGUUGAAGUAGCUACCAGUGACACUUUGGACCAGACUUCACAGGCGACUUUAUUUCAAAAUUGGAGGUAUCUAUAGUCUGUCUGACUAUAAUGUAUAAUUAUAUAGUUCAUCUAUGAUAUAUAAUAUAUUCGAGUAUGGAGAUACGAAUGGAAAUAUCAUUUUUAGUUCUAUAAAAAUCAAUUUGGUGGGGAGAAA